AUGCACAAGUUUAUUAAAUUAUUUAGUCGUCCGAAUGCUCCGGGUAGUGAAAAUAAGUGUAAACCACAUAAUGAAUCCAUUGGAAAAAGGAAAAUCGGUGAUAAACAUAAAAAAAUUGAAAAAACCAAAUCGAAUUCUAGUGAAAAUUUUUUAGCUUUAAGCACGCAAAAGAGAAAUGUUAAUUCGUUAGAUAAUUUAGACGGAGUUAAAGAUGGCGGAAAGAGUAAGAAGGAUAUUUCUAAAGAAAAAGAAAGUGCGAUUUCGUUGGAUAGCGGAAGAGUUUUAAAAGCUCCAUCAUCUAGUAAUAUAUUGCAUAUGAAAAAGGAUUCUGAUGAUAUGUUAAAGACUAGGCAUUUCCUAGGCGAUUAA